ACACUGAAGUCCAACUAUAAACGCCUCUCUGUGUGUCUCUCUGUUCCUUCUUUCCUUGUUCACUCUCUUCCCUACACCGCCAUCAACACCCAAAGCGGUGGGUUCAUUUUUGAUUUGCUGUAAAAACACCUUGUUUUUGGAUUACAUAUGAGAUGGGGUGCACGGCGUCAAAGCUGGACAACGAGGACACGGUGCGGCGUUGCAAGGAGCGGCGGCAUCUCAUGAAGGAGGCAGUGUACGCGCGCCACCACCUCGCCGCAGCCCAUGCUGACUACCUCUUCUCCCUCCGCCGUACUGGCUCAGCACUCUUCUCCUUCGCCGAGGGCGAGCCCCUCAAAGUCUCCCCAGACUCCCCCGCCGUCUUCCUCCACCACUCCAUUCGCACCGCUCCCAUCCCUCCACGCGUCCCCUCCCCCUCCCCUUCUCCGCCACCACCGGCACCACCGCCACAGCCCAAAACGCCGACGUUCAAGAAUCCCAUGACCAUGCCCAUGCCCAACAAGCCGAAGCCGAAGCCGAAGCCCAAACUCCCUCACAUACUCUCCGAAUCGAGCCUCUCGAACUCUUCUCUGCGAAGCGGCUUCUUUCCGACGGCCUACCAGGCCAACUCCACGUACUCCAGCACGCCCUCCCAGACCUCGUCCAUGUGGAACUGGGAGAAUUUCUACCCCCCCUCCCCUCCGGACUCCGAGUUCUUCGAGCAGCGCAACACCAACACCCACUUCUUCAAUCAACAACAACGCCACCAUUUGGACAACGAAGAAGAAGAAGAAGAAGAAGAAGAGAGAGAAGAAAAAGCGGCGGAAUACGAUUUCUUCGAGAAACGGGACAAUCGCAAGUAUCGGAGAGAGGAGGACGAGACGGAGGUAGCGACGGAGGCUGAGGGGGAGCGAGAGGAGGUGCAGUGUAGCGAGUGGGAGGAUCACUACAGCACGACGAGCUCGUCGGAAGUGGAAGAGGAAGUGGGGGGUGAAGAUGGGGAUUUGAGGUCAGAGACCGGGACGCGGUCGAACUUCGGGGGGUCGAUGGCGCCGCCUCCGGUGGCGAAUUCGGAGGACGCGGGGUCGUCGGCGGGGAGCUACAGGACCAGGGAGAUCUGGUCGGACAAUAUGAAAAUGGUGGUGAGGCACGAGAACUUGAAGGAGAUCAUGGCCGCCAUUAAGGAGAACUUCGAGAAGGCCGCCGCUGCCGGCGACAAGGUCUCCGAGAUGCUCGAGGUCGGGCGGGCUCAGCUCGAUCGAAGCUUCAGGCAGCUCAAGAAGACCGUGUAUCAUUCAAAUAGUGUGCUGAGCAACCUGAGCUCGAGCUGGACGUCAAAACCGCCACUGGCGGUUAGGUACCGGCUCGACGCCGCUUCGCUCGCUGAACCGGGCGGUCCAAAGAGCCUCUGCUCCACUCUGGAGCGGCUCUUGGCCUGGGAGAAGAAGCUCUACGAGGAAGUCAAGGCUAGGGAAAACGUGAGGAUUGGGCAUGAAAGGAAGUUGUCCACUUUGCAGAGUCAGGAAUACAAGGGGGAGGACGAAACCAAGAUAGACAAGACCAAGGCUUCAAUAACGAGGCUGCAGUCACUGAUUAUUGUCACAUCUCAGGCUGUCUCUACCACCUCAACUGAAAUCAUUGGUCUUAGAGACUCCGAUCUUGUUCCCCAGCUUGUUCAACUCUGUCACGAGUUCAUGUACAUGUGGAGAUCAAUGAAUCAGUACCACGAAGUUCAGAACAACAUUGUGCAGCAAGUCCGGGGCCUUGUGAACCAGGCAACCAAGGGCGAUUCAACUUCCGAAUUACACCGGCAGGCCACUCGUGACCUUGAAUCAACUGUCUCUACCUGGCACUCCAGUUUCUGUCGCCUUAUAAAAUUUCAAAGGGACUUUCUCCGAUCCCUCCAUGCCUGGUUCAAGCUCACUCUUAUACCGGUCACCAAUGACAACAUCAAUGGCAAUAGGGAAACCUCUGAUGUAUAUACCUUCUGUGAUGAGUGGAAGCUUGCCCUUGAACGUGUUCCUGACACGGUUGCUUCUGAAGCUAUCAAGAGCUUUAUCAACGUUGUUCAUGUAAUAUCUGGACAACAAUCUGAAGAGCUCAAGAUGAAAAAACGUACUGAAACUGCAUCAAAGGAGCUUGAUAAAAAGGCUUCAUCUCUUAGAAACAUAGAAAAGAAGUUCUACCAUUCAUACUCUAUGGUAGGUAUUGGGCUUCCUGAUACUGGGUCUGACAAUGGGCAGGCAUUGGAUGCCCGUGAUCCGCUUGCCGAGAAGAAAUCUGAGCUUGCAGCCUGCCAAAGACGGGUGGAAGAUGAGUUGCAGAGGCAUUCCAAGGCGGUAGAGGUGACGAGAGCAAUGACACUCAAUAAUUUUCAGACGGGGUUGCCAGGUGUUUUUCAGGCAUUAACCAGUUUUUCUGCCUUAUUUGCAGAGGCACUCCAUUCUGUGUGCACCAGUUCCUAUUCUAUCAAAUAGAUUACACACUUAUUCUGCUUGUGUUUCUGAGGUAAUUUGGAAUGUACAAGGGCUGGGUUUUUUUGCUGGCGAGCUCUUAUUAUUGUUACUGUUAUUAGUUUUGGGGGUUCUUUUUACAUGUAAAUAUGAGGAAUUUUGUGAUUUUAUCACCCUCUUUUGGUGGGAAGGAGAAUGUUUCUGUAUAGGAAAUUGCUGUGAUUGUUGUAUCAGAGGUUCACAAAUUCUGCAGAUGAAUAAACACACGCCUUCUACUCUC